AUGUCCACAAAAUCAUGGAUUUUUGAUGUACAAAGAAGGGACUACCAGUCAAGGAAUUCUUUUUUGCACAUAUUUAUUUGGACUCUUUCCUUCCAGGCCGAGGCGAUCAUCUCAUCCAAACAGAUGGAUAAGGAGUACCUUGGCAUUGGUGGUUUGGGGGAGUUCACCAAGUCCUGCGCCCAACUGGCUUUUGGUAAUGAUGCUGAGGUCUUGAAAAGCGGCAGGAACAUCACUGUCCAGACCAUCUCAGGAACUGGAUCUCUGCGCAUUGGAGGCAACUUUUUGUCUCGCUUCCACGGAGGUCCACGUGAUGUGUAUCUGCCCAAACCCUCCUGGGGAAACCACACACCCAUCUUUAAAGACGCAGGCAUGCAGCUCAAGGGGUACAGAUACUACGACCCGUCCACCUGCGGCUUCGACUUCACAGGAGCUCUGGAUGACAUCUCUAAAAUCCCAGAGCAGAGUGUGAUCAUGCUGCACGCGUGUGCCCACAACCCCACCGGUGUGGACCCCAGGCCUGAGCAGUGGAAGGAGAUCUCUGACAUUGUGAAGAAAAGGAACCUGCUGGUGUUCUUCGACAUGGCCUAUCAGGGCUUCGCCAGCGGAGACAUCGACCGUGAUGCCUGGGCUGUGCGCUACUUCGUUGAGCAGGGCCACAACAUCCUGCUGUCCCAGUCCUUCGCCAAGAACAUGGGGCUCUACGGUGAGCGUGUGGGCGGCUUCACUGUGGUGUGUAAAGACGCAGAGGAGGCAAAGAGGGUCGAGUCUCAACUUAAGAUCCUCAUCAGACCCAUUUACUCCAACCCACCCAUGAACGGAGCCAGAAUCGCAGCAACCAUUCUCAACACACCCGAUCUCUACUCAGUCUGGCUGGGUGAGGUCAAAGAAAUGGCUGAGCGCAUCAUUAGGAUGAGAGAAGAGCUGGCGGCCGGUCUGAAGAAGGAGGGCUCCUCCAAGAACUGGCAGCACGUCAUCGAUCAGAUCGGGAUGUUCUGCUUCACUGGACUCAAACCCGACCAGGUUGAGCGCCUGACGAAGGAGUUUUCCGUGUACAUGACCAAGGAUGGCCGAAUCUCCAUGGCAGGCGUGACCUCUGGGAACGUGGGCUACCUGGCUCAGGGGAUCCAUGCCGUCACCAAGUAGAGUGGAUCCUGCUGGCAGAGCUAUGAAAUCAAAGCAGCAGUGUGAUCGAGGGGCUUAAUGCUUCACUUAUUCUCUGUCUCCUCCAUUCCACCUUUUCGAAAAGAGCACUAUGUUUAGUUAGGCAUUUUCUUGAUCGGAUUUCAUCAUGAGUUUAACUUGGAAACUGAUGUCGAAUGCAUUUCGAUUUUUGUGUUGAUGGUUUACAUUUCACUAAACUGGCUCCCCUGCUAAAUUGUAACUGACAUGUUUUCCCCCUGACGAAUCAUCUUUGCUUAUUUAUUAUCUGGAAUCAACUCUUGGCUAUGCAUUAGUGUCCUCCUCUUUGUGUGCCGCUCAUCUGCUUUUGGCCCACUCACAAUAAAACAUCCAGAAUCGGGGUAAUGUUAGCACUAUUGAGGUCUCUGUUUCUAUGUGAAAGCCUGUAGAAUAUGCAAAUUUUUCUUCUUUCUUUGUUUUGUCUUAAUUCUAAUAGUGGCAUUUUAGCACUUUAUAAGUUGUAAGGCACUGUUUGCGUUUCCAGAUUAGGCUGAUCUCUAAUGGUCCAUCUGAACUAAUCAAUCAUCCAGUAAUGUCCUCAUUAUCUGUCUUUGGAAUUUUCCUUACCAUCUCCCUUGUAAUCGGUACUUUUCCAGAGGGUUUUGUCAAUUUUUAUUUUGGUUUCAAUAGUUGGUGGUAACAACAGUUUCUCAGUCAGUCCUUUUUCAACCCCUUAAAUAAAAAACAAGCACACAGGCCAGUUUUAAUUUCAAUCAUGGAGGCUUUGUAUUUGACACAAAUGUCUGUGUUGUUAAUAAAAGAUGAGUGGGGUAAAGAAAUAUGUUCAUGCUGCUCAUUCAGUCAGACAUUAUGGUGUACAGUGUAUGAAUCUGUUCAUCUUGUUCAUCAAUGUUUUGCAUUCUGUCAGAAUAUAAUGGAUCACUGGACAUGUACCUUAUUGAACAAACAAUAAAUGGUUAUAGAGAAGUGA